AUGGCAAUGAUCGAAGCAAACUCGGAGCCUUCAAUGCUUCUGGAAAGCCAUCUAUUUUACCUACCGGCAACACUGACAGAAAGAUGGAAUACGAAGGACUAUGACAUUGGGCCAGCUCAAGCAACAUUCGAUUCAGCAAACGAUAUUGUUUUUACUAUUGCUCCCUCUCUGAGUGAGUUGGUGAGCCUAGCGGAUAUUAGAUUUAAGUGUGACUUGCACGUUACGAAUAAGGAUGGCGCAGAUUUGAAGGACUCGGACUGUCUGGCACCAAUUAACAACAUUUUGCACAGCUUAUUCCAAUCUGUCACCGUUAGUAUCGGUGGCAGGAAUGUCACGGAUACAAGCACGCUGUAUCAUUACCGUGCGUAUCUAGAGUCGCUGCUCGGCUUUACGGAUCAAGCUCAAAAAUCGCAGUUAACUCUAUCAGGAUUUGCAUUGGAUAAUAACUGGGAGAAGAAACCAGGUCAUGUAACAUCAGCGGAUGCGGCGAAAGUGAACCGUUUCUGUAGCGAUGGAGCUAACAAACGACGCGAUUGGCUACAGAAUAUGAAACCGUUACAAUUGUCAGGCAAGCUGCACUGUGAUCUGUUUCAACAAGAAAAACCACUCCUGCCUGGAGUUGAGCUCACAAUUAAAUUGGUGAGGAACAAAAAUGAAGUGGUUUUUGUUGCUGACAGUGAUAGCAACGCCCCAAAAGCUGUGGCUAUAAGAAAUCCACGUUUGCAAGUAAGAAAAUUUGAGCCAUCUCCGGAUUAUUUUACCGCAAUGAGCAAACAACUACUCAGCAACACAGUCAAAUAUCACAUUGAGCGAGUGGUGAUGCGUGAACAUACACUUAUUCUUGGACAGCAACAGGCUGUUUGGUCCAAUAUUGUAAUGGGACAGUUGCCGAAAAUUAUGAUUUUUGGCCUAGUGCCUAGUCGCUCGUUUGCCGGGGAAUAUGCAUCAUCACCAUUUAAUUUCACGCACUGCAAUUUAACGAACAUUGUUGCCGAGAUUGACGGUCAGCUAUUUCCCACACAAGGCUACAAUUUAAACUACGAGAAAGGCAGCUCUAUACAAGGCUAUGAAGGCUUGCUUGAUACACUUGAACGUCUUAACGAAGGAGCGGGUGAAUUGCCAAUAGACCGCGAACAGUACAACAAGGGGGGAUUCUGCCUAUACGGUUUCGAUUUCACACGUGGACACACAGGACGAGGAGCAAUGUCCUUAUCGCGUCAUGGAAAUCUGAACAUACAUUUGAAAUUUGCUAAGGGUUUGGAGGAAAAUGUUGUUUGUGUUGCCAUGCUAGUAUUCGAUAACGUUAUAGAAAUCAACAAUAAUCGUCAAGUCAUUUUUGACUUUGCACCAUGA